UCAGUAGGGGGCACCUCAGGCAGCCGACACUGGAUUUAAUCUAGUUAGAAGUAGCAAAACAGCUCUCAUUUGAAAAACUGCUGAGCUCUGAGUUCAGCACUGCAGGAAAACUCUUCUCCUCCGGGGCUCCGAGAACCUUGCUUCAGAGAAGCCCUGCCAGCUCUGGAGUCCUGUGGGAUUAACUCCAUCCAGGAGCAGAAUGGCCAGCAAUGCCCUGCAGAUCGCCGGACUGGUGCUUGGUGGUGUUGGAAUGGUGGGCACAGUGGCUGUCACCGUCAUGCCUCAGUGGAGAGUGUCUGCCUUCAUUGGAAGCAACAUUGUGGUUUUUGAAAACCUCUGGGAAGGACUGUGGAUGAACUGCAUGAGGCAUGCCAACAUCCGAAUGCAGUGCAAGAUCUACGAUUCCCUGCUGGCUCUCUCUCCGGACCUACAGGCGUCUAGAGGACUGAUGUGCACUGCCUCCGUGCUGUCCUUCCUGGCAUUCAUGACGGCCAUCCUGGGCAUGAAGUGCACCAGAUGCACGGGCGACGACGAGAAAGUGAAGAGCUACAUCCUGCUGACGGCUGGAGUGCUCUUCGUCCUCACGGGCUUCGUGGUGCUCAUCCCCGUGAGCUGGGUGGCCAAUUCCAUCAUCAGAGAUUUCUACAACCCAAUAGUGGACAUUGCCCAAAAGCGGGAGCUCGGAGAAGCCCUUUACAUAGGCUGGACGGCAGCGCUCGUGUUGAUUGCUGCAGGGGCCCUGUUCUGCUGUAUUUUUUGUUGCAGUGAGAAGAGCCAUAGCUACAGAUACUCCAUACCUUCCCAUCGAACAACCCAAAGGAGCUAUCACAUGGAAAAGAAGUCCCCGAGUGUGUACUCCAGAAGUCAGUAUGUAUAGUUGUGUGCGUCUCUCUUUGAACUGCCUAGAAAGCCAUGCUGAUGAGAAAAAGGUCUACUAUUUUCUAAAAAUGGAACCCAAAGAAACAUUGAUUUGCUGUUCUUGACUGCCUGACAUUAAUUACAGGAACUCUUCAUCAGCUCUUUAUGAUUCCAUAAGUGAUUUCAGCCGAAUGAGGUAUUAUACACAUUGAUCGUUCUAGAAGAUACAGUAAUUUGUUUUCUAAAAAGGGUCACACAUUUUUUUCCUUUUAUCAGUUACUUCAAAAUGACAUUGUUUGAAGACAGUUAUUUUACAACCGUGAUUUCUCUGUGACAUAGCGUUAUGUAUAUAGAUGAGAGUGACGUUUCUAUCUCACAUAAAUAGAGAUGGGCUUAUAUGGUUCUAUUUUAAAUGAAAUACUGAUUCAUUACACUGAAUAAAUAGAAUUCAACUAUUGCCUUUCAGGGGGACCGGGGAUAAGAUUGAAGAAGGUUAAUAUUAAUUGUUUAAAAAUGGCUUAGUGAUGAAUGCACUUGAUUUAUAAUGAAGGUUAAAAUGAAGGCUUUAAUCAGCAGUGUAAAGGGAACUAAAUGGCUUUCUGAUAUCCUGUUUUUCAGCCUAGGAGUCAGAAAUCCUAACUCCUUUAUCCUCAUUCCCUAGAGGCCUUUCUUUUCUUGUAUAUUAAAUGAACAUCUUUUAAAAGGCAGAUAUUUUGUCAAGGGGCUUUGCAUUCAAACUGCUUUUCCAGAGCUAUGCUAGGAACAGAGAUAAAAGUAUAGUCUAAGAAACAUUAAAGAUCUUAGGAAAGUGAAUUUGUUGUCUUUUAAGUUUUGUGGUUAGAGCAGGAUGUAUUUUGACAAGAAAUCGCAUAUAAGAAGAUGUUAAUAUAAACUAUUUGUAUACAGACUUCGAGCUUUUAUUAACAUAAGUAACAGGACAAAAAAAAAUAGUAUAUCUUUGUUUUUAUUUGCUUACCAAAAACCAAAAUCCAGUUGUCUUUUGUGAACACCAUCUUCUAUGUGGAUACUUAUGUCAAAAUUGUCAUUUUAGUACAAUCGAAGAUAAAAUUUUCACGUUUUCCACUUCUGUUCGGUUUUACCAAAGUAUAGAAUAACUAUAUCUUUGUGUUUCCCCCAAAUUUGAUACAACUAUUAAUCUGAUUUGAAAGUUUAUAUCUACAUUUUUCCAUCUUAAAUGACUAUGUGUGUUAUCUGUUUUAUGUCCUUUGUAUUAAUAAAUUGUGCCUUUUUAUAUUAA